GUCAGGGAUGUGUGUGUGUGCGGCUGAAGGGUGUGAGUGUGUGUGUGUGUGUGUGAUUCUUACAGCUGUGAGGAUAUAUCACUGCAGGACGGAGGAGAGGAAUAGAGGAGGAGAGGGAGGAUAGGAGCACAGAGGUUUUGAAGGGUGGCUGUGGAUUAAAGUCGCUGCAGCAAGUUGUCGUUUCCUCUGAGCUGCAGAGAUCUGUGAGGACGACAAGAAGCUUCAUCACUCCAUCUUUGUCUCUGCACAGGGAGGACUGAGACAGUGAAGGAGACAGUGAAGGAUACAGUGAAGGAAGGAUGGAUGGAGUCUGAGUCGUCACUGAUCUUCCGGUUUUUGGGGAGUCAUGACAUCUCAGGAGGAGGCAUCUUCCUUCAAGAGGUUUUUUCAGUAUGUGGAGGACAGUGGACUUAGAACAUACGAUGGCCUGGUGAUCCAGAAUGCCUCAGACAUUGCCAGAGAGAGCGACCGCAUUCGUAACCAGACCAACUGGACCUACCUGCAGGAAAAACACCAGAAAAAGAGACGGCAGGAGGAAGCCAUCAAGAGGAUUGGUGAAGAUGUUGCCAUGGCAACAGACGGGGCGUACUCUGGGAAACAUUUCAGGAUGGGUUUCAUGACAAUGCCGGCACCGCAGGACAGACUGCCCCCCCCAAGCCAGGGCUUCACCGUCCGAUCCCAGUCCCUCCACUCAGUGGGAGGAGGAGAUGACGACUCCAACCACAACCGAAAACAGCCCCCACCCAAACCGAAGAGAGACCCCAACACCAAACUGAGUAGCAGCUCUGAGAUGGUAAAUGGAGGCUCUGGAGUUUCCAGGAGAGACCACCAAGAAACCAAAGAGACAGCGGAGCAGGCGGAGGCUCGAUGCCCUCUCUACACUGAGGACUACAAGAAGAUGCCUCCACCUAAACCGAAGAGGAACCCAAACACUCAGCUCAGCACCUCCUUCGAUGACUCCUACAUCCAUAACCAUGGAAACAAGAAGUCUUCCUUGAGGUGGGAAAAGUCUUCAUCCCAGAGUCAGAGUCCAGCGUCCAGAGACACGGAUGAUGAGGAGCCAGUUUAUAUCGAGAUGGUGGGAAACAUCCUGCGAGAUUUGAAAGGUCAGGAGGGGGUGGAGGAUGAGCAGAGCGAGUCUGUGUAUGAGGAAAUGAAGUACCCAAUGUUGGAGGAUUUCCUGCAGGACGGUCACUCCACCAUCAUGGACCCUGAGUCCUGGUCUCGUGGAUCUCUCUGUGACAUCCCUCCACCCUUCCCUAAUCUCCUGACUCACCGCCCACCCCUGCUCGUCUUCCCCCCUGCCCCUGCUCAGUGCUCCCCCAACUCUGAUGAGUCCCCCCUCACACCCUUAGAUGUCACCCGGCUGCCCAUGUUAGAAAAUGUCUCUUACAGCAAGUCUGGUAGUGUUGAGCACCCGCAGAGCUCCACCCAUCACCGCAAAGAACGAGACCGAGACCGAGACCGAGACCGAGACCGAGACCGAGACCGAGACCGAGACCGAGACCGAGACCUGCCGUCCACCCACACCAUCACAUCUUCUGGCCGCUCGUCAGCUCCACCCCUCCCCUCCAACCUCUACAAGUCAUCUGGCUCUGCCCACGGUGGUCAUGGUUACCCCCGCAGCCAAUCAGCUUGUCCAUCUCCAGUCAGCAUGGGUCGCUCUCUGACCCCUCUGAGCUUGAAGAGGCCGCCACCAUAUGACGCCCUGAUGGCCGGGGGCAGUAUGCCUCGCUCUUCAUCUUCAUCUUCAUCUUCCUCACACAGGGCAGGGGAGGGUGGAGCUAAACUUAGUAACUCUUCCUCCACCCACGGCUCCAUGCAGAAUGUGUCGAGGUCGCAGACUCCAACAAGUCCACUGGACGAACUCAACAACCUGUUUACCUCAGGUAGACAGGUGGUGAAGAGAGGCUCAGGAGGCAGGAAGAGCAGGGAGGGUGAAGGAGACUGUAGGUCUCUGCCCAGACAUGACAGUAAAGACAGAGAUGGACAAUCCAGUCCAGUUUCCAGUAGGAUGGGGAGGUCAUCUGUCAGUCCCACCAUGAUGCUGUCUGGAGGAGGAGGAGGAGGAGGAGGAGAAUCAAAAUCUGUUUGUAAACUCGGCCGUUCAGCCUCAACAUCAGGAGUUCCUUCACCUGGCGGGACACCACAACGCCACCUGCAAGAAAUGCAUCAUCCUGCCCUCAGCCAGAUGCCGUGGCUGUGCGGAGACGCCACCAUGAUGGAGAUGAUCGAGAGGAAAAGAGUUUUGUGUCAAGAGAUCAAAUCUCGUCAGCGGCCAGAGAAGAAUUUGUGUAAACAGGACAGUAUGCCGAUCCUGCCCAGCUGGAAGAGGAAACAGCCGCCACCAUAUUCAGGCCCACCAACCGCCGCCGCCACUGGACAGACCACCACGGUGUUCUGGGACACUGCAAUCUGAAACACAAUUACUACACAAAAACGUGAA